UUGCCAGCCGAACGAGCAGCAGUCAGUCAAAGACAAGCGACUUGGCUCAGUGUAGAAAUUUCCUUUGGCACGCUUGGUCGCUCGAGCGGUCGCAGGUCGUCGAUGGUGGACUGUUGUUGUCGCCGCGUCAUAUUAUUGGACAUUGUUUUUCGAGGCGCCGCCGUCGGUUGCAACCUCACAUCGCACUUAAUCGCGUCGCAGUUAAAAAACAAAAGCAGCAGCAACAUUUGCAACAGCAGCAACAUCGAUCGCCCACGUGAAAUGCUAUGCUAGAUUGUGAAAUUUCAAAUUGAAUACAAAAUAAAAACUAAAAUCCCUAAAAAGGGGCACAAAUAAGAAAGUUUUGGCUUAACAAGAGUGAAAGAUGGAAAAAAAAACGAACUGAAUCAAAUUAAAAUGUGUGCAAAAUCAUUUAGCAUCAGCAAAAGAAGCAGCAGAAGCAAUAACAAAUGAGUGAAUUAUAGUGACAAAAUAAAAUAGAGAAGCCAAAAGUGACAGUGAAUAAUGUUGAGAGCGCCCACACAGCACAUCGUGCAACUCGGUUUCGGAACGAAAACGACGACGACGACGACAGCGGCAACAUCUGCAGCAGCAACACCAAGCGGCAAGCAGCAACAGCAGCGCAAAACGCUGUUGCAACGCUUCCGGCAGCAGCAACACAAGUUGCCCAAAGUCACAGCCGAGGAGACAACAAUUGACACAGAAUAUUAUUUCAAGAAGCAGCAGCAGCAGUCAUCAGCAGCAUCAGCAACUUCCUAUCAGCAAGGCGACAAUUGUUUGUUAUUUUUGACAACAGCAAUAGCCACAAACACCGAGCAAUUGCCGAAGAAGCCGAAGAAAAAGAAGGAGCCGUGCAGCUACAAUUUCGCAUCGGCUCUCAGGCGCAACAAGAAGCCAAAAUCAGCAGCGGCAACAUCGACCGACGACGACGACAGUUGUCGCAGCAUCAACAGCAACAGCAGCACCAGCGGCAGCAGCAACAGUUUGUCUAAUAGUUGCAUUAACAAUCAUAACAACACUCAUUAUAAAAACAGUAAAAACACCAGGCACACCACUUGUAGUGGUAGCAGCAACAGCAACAGCAACAACAAUAACUACAUUGGUAAUUACAAUUGCAAAACAAGUGAACAACAAGCGUGGAAAGCAGCAGCACAACAGCAGCAACAACAACUCCUCAUUAGCAGGCCAAGUGAUCGGCAAUAUCCCAGCAGCAACAGCAACAGCAACAGCAACAGCAACAUCAGCAGCAGCAGCAGAAGCAACAACAGUGGUGGCCAUAUCAUCAUGUCACCCACUUCGCAGGCGCCCACCCGUACCUCCCUGUUCGAUUCCUGUCAUCGAAAGAUUCGCCUGAUCGGCGGCGGUCCAGUUGCCUUCUUGGGCGGAUUGGUUGCCAAGGCGCGUCGCAAGGAGCGCGAUGGCGAUCAAAAUUCAACAGACACCAAAUUGUAUUUGGAGGAGAGUGUCCUAGAACGUAAAUUACCUGAAGCUGAUCUCAAAGCCUUAGUGGAUCUUCCAGCUGGUUUGGACUACAAUGAAUGGCUAGCGUCACACACCCUGGCUCUAUUUGAGCAUGUGAAUUUGGUUUAUGGAACUAUUAGUGAAUUUUGUACACAAUCCGGUUGCGCCGAUAUGACCGGACCCGGCAACAGAACGUACUUAUGGUUCGACGAGAAGGGCAAGAAGACGCGCGUCGCAGCUCCACAGUACAUCGACUAUGUGAUGACUUUCACCCAGAAGACGGUCAGCGAUGAGUCGAUAUUCCCAACCAAAUACGCCAACGAGUUCCCCGGCUCGUUCGAGUCGAUUGCGCGGAAGAUACUACGCUUGCAAUUUCAUGUGAUAGCGCAUCUGUAUGCGGCGCAUUUCCGAGAAAUCGCGCUGCUCGGCUUGCACACCCAUCUAAAUCUGACGUUCGCGCACCUCACCGCCCUGCAUCGGCGCUUCAACCUGAUCGACGAGAAGGAGACGGAUGUGCUGCGCGAUUUGGAGGUGGCCCUGCGGCUAACCGACGACACUGCUGGAUGCCAGGAUGCCAACUCCACUGCGACGUCGUCGUCGUCGGUGCACGAGCACACCUCCUCCGAGCAACACCAGUCGCUUCAGCAGCAGCAGCAGCAACAGCAGCAGCAGCAGCAACACCACAAUAGCGGCAGCAACAGCAACAGCACCUCCUCGGCGGAGGCGUUGCACACGGUCAAUUCACAAAGCAACAAUGGCAGCACAUCCGCCUCGGCAUCGGCAUCGGCGUCCGUGUCCGUGUCCGCUUCCCUCAUCGAUGGCGAUGCGGUGGCGCCGCCGAUCUGUACGCAACCGGAGGCAGGAGCGGGCUGCAAGCCGGCAGGGAGCAGCGGACUGCUGGGCGGCAUACUGGGCGACCUGACCAGCGGCGAAUUUGGUGAUACAACGCGCUACUGCACCUCGGCGGUUCCUCAGGCGGCGACUGUGGCUGCGGCAGCGGCUGGUGGUGGGGUGUCGGCCACGGAGAUCGCCGCCGCCGCUCUGAACAACGGCGCGGGCGCAUUACAUUUAAACUUUAGCAACAAUAAUAACAAUAAUCACUUGAACCAUCACCACCAUCAUCAUCACCAUGGACAUGGACACCAUGGCCAUCAUCAUCAUGCGGCGGCGGCGGCGGCGCAUCAGCAUCAGCAGCAGCAGCAGCAUCAGCACAGUGGGCUCAUACAGUGCAAUGCAGCUGGCGGCGGCGGUGGUGGCAACGCAACUGGAGGGGUAGCCACCGGCGGAGCCACUGCAGCAGCAUCCUCAACCACCACGGCAUAGGUGGAACAGCAGCAGCCGCAGCAGCAGCAGCAGCAGCAACAACAGCAACAACAAAAAACAUUAGAAAUACUAGAUUUACGCAAAAAUGUUAUUUAAUGUUACUUCUAUGAUCCUAAAGUUGAAAAUAUUGUAAAAAUAAUAAAAACAAACAAAAAAAAAAAGAGAAAGAAAAAAACAUUAAAAUGCAAAAAGCAGCUAAUUGCAAACAACAAGCAGCAGCCAUUACAUAAAUGACACACACAAGCUACAAAAUAAUUAUUGAAUAGCUAAUCGAAGUUGGCAUCGUAGUUCCGUAACGUUGAUUUAGAUAUGUACUUAUUGUAUAGAGAGACAGGGAAAGUUGAGAGCUGCAAGCAUAGAGUUUAGAGUUUAGAGUUGUCGCGUGCUUAUGCUUUACACGUAUUUUAACCUUCCUCUUCUGCAACAAAUAAAAUGUCCUGACUGAAAAGCCUGAGUGCAAAUGCAAAGUCAACGCCUUCAAGGCCAAAAUAAUAAUAAUAAUAAUAAAGAGUUUUGAACUACUCCAACAAUUGGUAAAAACAAAAACCUCACUUUUAGAAAGGAUUAUGUUUCUUAGGAGGGCUAUUAAGGCUAGUUUUCUUCAUGAAAUAUUUAAUGCCAAACUUAAUGAAUUUUGUAUUAUUUAUUUUUUACUUCUGCAUGAAUAUAACCUUUUUGUUUUAAAAUUAUAACGAAAGUUUAUUGAGUAACGCUUGGGAGAGAAACUUUUACAACUUUCCAUGAACUAUUUCGGUUCUAAGUAUUUAUUUAAAUAAUUUUGUUUAAGUUUUAGGGCUUUGCUUUAACCUUAACUAAGUUACAUUUUAAAAUAGAGCGUAUACUGGUUCAAUUGUUCAGGAACGUAGACACACACUAGGCGGUAAAAACGCGACGCAGUUUUAAAAUAGCAACUCACCCGUAUUUUACAUGCAGUGUACUUGGCACAGCCAGCCCAAAAGUAUGCACCGAAAAGUCACCUUCACAAACUGCGAACAUUCGCCUAACGGUGUCCACCUAAUACUUCACCACUUACAUAUGUACCACACCUCACCAUUCACACACACACACACACACACACAUGCAUACACACCCAAGAUCGCACCAAAUAAUCGCCGAAAAGUAUGCAGGGGAAAAUACAACCCACUCAGUUUGGGAUCCACACGUUGUUAAAGUAUGGCAAUUUUAAACCAAGUUUAUAGUGAUUGGAAACAUUUAAUAUUAAAUAUAGGGGAAUACCAUGCUAACAAACUAAAAACACAGAUGGGACUUGUAUGUGUUGUGCUGUACUGUGUUGUGUUAUUAACCCCAAAGCGAAAACAAAUGGCAAUGAAGGAAACUUACUUUAGAAACAGCAGCGUUCAGAGUAGAAUAUUAGAAGCAAAUUUUAUGUAUUACAAUGAUUCACCUGUCCCCAUGUGGAUAAAUGCAACUUGAUCCACUCCAGUUUCACUGAACUACUGUCCAGACCUAAGCUAAAAAAAAAAAACAAACUAUACUCCUAAAGAAAACACACACACUUUCGAUCUGUUGAACUUUGAAUGCGAUGCAAUGAACUCAAACAAAUAAAAAAAGAACACAAGGCAAAAGAUACAUGUAUUAUGUAUAUGUAGGUAUGUGAGUUAAUAAUAGAAUACAGGUGGAAAAAAAAUUAAAUGCAAAGACAAACCUUUUAAGUCAGCAAAAACAAAUAAAUGCAAAAAUGGAAAAGAGAGAAGAUAAUAAAAUAAACUGUUAUGUUCAAUUGA